GUUUUACCCUAUCGUGGACUACGUAACCUUUAUCUUUCUACUUGUUCUGAUAAAUCAUCCAUUUAUACGGAUCACUCAAAUUAAUAUUACAACUACAGAAUUAAAAACGUAAAUAUAAAAGAAACGUUUGCAUAUAUUUACUGAAUGAAAUAUGUCUACAUUACUAUCAAAUGAAUCCCAGAUGAGAUACGUAAUAGGAUGGUUCAGAGAAUGGUCAGAAAUGCAGAGAGGAGACUUCUUAGAAAUAUUAUUGGAACAAUGUGGUCCUCCAGGUUUAGUCAAUGGAUUAGUACCGGGAAUAGAAAACAUGAGUUGUAAGGAAGGUUCUGAUAGACCACCAAGUUUAUUUCAAUGUAGAGUAAAAUUGUUCCGAGAAUGGAGCCAAAAUUGGUCUCAACGGGAAAAAGAUUCAGUGGUAACUUCAAUUAAAAGUUUUGAUGUUAGAUUCGCUGGAAAUUAUGAACAAAGGUUAUGCUCAUUGAUGGAACAUAAUUAAAGGUGAAUUAUAAUUGUGUUCAACUUCAAGUAUUAAGCACGUAGAAAAAGAAUUUUGAUAUUUAAAUGGAAUAUAAGGGAGAGAAUAAAUCAUUGGAACUUAUAAUGGUAAACUAUUAUGAAUAGCAAAAGGGAAUAUUCAUGUGAUAUUUUUAAUUCUCAUUUUAUUCAUUCAUCGACCAUAAUCUUUGCAUCGAAUGAUUACGUAGAAAACAAAUAUUAUUAUUAUUAUUUAUGAAAGUGAAUUUAUUAUGCGAAUAUAAUAUGAGAAUUUUUAAUUGAAGAAAUGCCACUUUUAAAAUGCGUUUACUGCGCAUCGGUACAAUUUUUCUUUUUACAAAUAAUUAUAACUGUUCAUUUUUUGUCUAUGAGAGUUGCAAGAGAACAAAAAAAAAAA